AUGCUAAACAGCAACCCUCUGGAACUUAUUUACAACAAUGAGGAUCUGGCUACAUAUUUGCACUACAAUGGAACCAGAACAACUCCUGACUUGGUCCUGGCUUCUAGCGACAUCAGUGAGCAUACACGCCGCAAAAUAAUUGACGAUUCUGAUUCUGGUCACAAACUAGUCAUUGCUAGUAUUCCCAUCGGCAGCAAAAGCAUGACAAGGAAAAUGCGCAAUAAAACGAUUCCCCGAGGCAAGACUAAAUACUAUCGAGUGUUUUGGUCUAAACCCCUUGAGAAAAUGAAAAGAAAGUGGGACGCCCUUGAACAACUUGAGGAACUGAAAAGAAAGCGGGACGCCCUUCACAUUACCCUUGAGAAAAUGAAAAGAAAGUGGGACGCCCUUCGCAACACUACUGAACAGACUGGAGACGCUGUUUGCUUGGCAAAACACCUUCACAGAUUAGAAGUAUACACUCAACCCACAUGCCCUCUAUGUAACCUACAUGAGGAAAUGGAGAAGACCCACUUGAUUUGGCGUCCAGCCCUAAAGACAAGGACGGAAAGCCAAAAAUACUUGUAA